AUGGCAUCUUUCAUCUUUUCUAAAUUAACAUCCCCUAGUAAGCCCAUUACACCUACUAAACCUAGAAUUGAGAUUGAAGAAGAAAAUGAUAGUGAUGCUAAAAAGACCCCAAUAGUGAAUGUUGAUGAUGUUGAUGAUAGUGAUGAUGAUGUUGAGGAGGUUGUGGAGGAGGUUGGGGAUGAUGAUGUUGAGGAGGUUGGGGGUGAAUGUUUUGAUGAUUUUUGUGAGAAACAAAAUUCAAAAGAUGAUGAUUUGAAUGAGAGUUGUCCUUGUGUUGGUCAAUUAUUCGAUAGCUUAGAUGAAGCGGAGAUGUUUUAUAGGGAUUAUGGUAGACGUGUUGGUUUUGAGAUGAUAAUUAGAACCACACAUAGGCGUGUGAAAAGUAAGAGAAUUUGUUCGCGUUUGUAUAUAUGUCGGAAGGGUGGUCGAAUAGUAACAAAGUCGUUGGAUGAAGAAAAGGAUGUUCACAAAAAAAAGAGAAAUAGGGAUUCUAUUGGUAGAACGCAUUGCUUGGCGCGGAUGUACGUUGUGCAUAGGGAAAAAUUGAAUAAAUGGGAAGUGACAUCGGUUUAUUUAAAACACAAUCACACGAUGAUUUCAAAGGAUGAAGUGCUUUUCAUGCAACGGCCAAGGAAUAUAACUCCCGUUAUUCGGCAAUUGAUUAUAACAUUGAAUAAAUCGGGUAUUGGGCCUUCAAAAACUUUAAACGUGUUAGGGGAGUUAACGGGUGGCUUGGAGAAUAUUGGAUUUGGUAAUCAAGAUGUUCGGAAUGUAUUGCGUGAUAUUCGACAUUAUGUGUUUGAUUCGAGUGAUGCUUUAGAGGGUUUGGCAUUACUUCGAGAAUUGAAACGUAAUAGUCAAGGUGAAUUUUUCUAUAAAGUUGACGUGGACGAGGAAAAUCGUGUGCGGGCCAUGAUGUGGGUUGACCCGAGAUCAGUCAAUGCCUACAAAAAUUUCGGAGAUGUUGUUGUUUUUGACUCCACAUAUCGUACUAAUAGGUAUUGCAUGCCGUUCGUGCCAUUUACGGGGGUAAAUCACCAUUAUCAGUCGAUUUUGUUCGGAUUUGCCUUGAUAAGGGAUGAGACCGAAGAAUCUUACUUAUGGGUGUUUAAGAGUUGGUUGGAGGCUAUGGGGAAUGUGGCUCCACAAACGAUCAUCACCGAUCAAGACAUUGCUAUUGGAAAUGCUAUUGCCGAAGUUUUGCCUAACACAAGUCAUCUAUAUUGUACGUGGCAUAUAAGUACAAAAUUUGGUGAAAAAUUGUCGCAUUUAUAUGCAAAUCAUGAUCACUUCAAAGAAGAUUUCAACUCUUGCAUCUACAAGUCACUAACGGUUGCACAAUUCGAAGAUAGGUGGGAGGCAUUAGUUGAAAAAUACGAUUUGAUGAAGCAUUCUUGGUUACAAGAUAUAUAUAGAAUUCACCAGAAAGCGUUGGAGAAACAAUAUUUACGUGAAAGAGAGGCUGAUUACGAAACAAAGAACAAGGAAAGAUCCAAAAUAACAUCAUCAUCAUUGGAGAGUCAUGCGGCAUCUAUUUACACAAAAGAAAUGUUUAGACGUUUUCAACACGAACUCAAAGAAAGUGGAGCUUAUGUCGUGAUUGAGAGAGAGAGGAAUCCAAUUUACAAGCAUUACGAGGCAUACAAAACAACGGUCCAAGAGGAGUAUAGAAAACACUAUGCUUUGUUCGUCACCGAGAAUGGCAACAUAAAUUGUGUUUGUCGAAAAUUUGAAAGUUCGGGAAUGCUUUGCCGUCAUAUUAUUCGAUACUUGUAUAAGAUGCAAUGGUCAGAGAUUCCAAAGCAGUGCAUCACUUUGAGAUGGACAAUUGAAGGCAAUAAAAGAGUUGGAGCCUUACAACACAAGCGUCCUAAAAUUGGUAAUUUCCUUGAAUCACAACCCGCCCGAUACAGUACUUUAUGCAAAGCAUUUCAAGAUUUAGCAGCUCGCGGAAGUUGUUCAAUAGCGAGAUACAAUUAUCUCAUGAGUGUGAUUGAAAAAGAAUCGAAUUUUAUUGAAAAUUUUCCGAAUGAAAGUGGGGAAAAACGUGCGCGUGAGGAAGAAGAUGAUGCACAUGAGUUCGGGGAUGACGAUGAUGACGAAAAUUUCAAUGAUUUGAGAAAUCCUAUAUUAUCUCAAACCAAAGGUCGUAAAAAAGAAAGGGUGAAAAGUGGCAUAGAGCGCGGCAAAGCGAAAAAAGGUCGAAAAUGCGUGGCUACAGAAACUGGUGAUGCUACUGGAGCUGAGCCAACGAUCCCAAAACCUAAAGUUGAAUGGACUAUUGAUGAUAUUGCAGAAGUUCUCAAAGACAAAAAGGCUAUGAACAUACUGUUCUAUGGCCUUGAUAAUGUCAUAAGCUCCAAGUCAGUUAAAGAAGUUUGGGACAGUUCAAAUACCGUGUGGGGGAACUGA